CACUCUCUUCUGUCCCUAAACCCUCUCCUCUCUUCUCUCUCUCUCUCUCUGUCUCUCUCUCUCUCUCUCUCUCUCUCUCUCAUGUCUUGUAUAACAAAGGCUGUAUUCAAGCCCUUGCCUAUGGCAAAUGGGUGCUUAAUUUCACUUCCAGCAAUCUUCAGUAGCAAAACUUCAUACCCAUAUCUUUCAAUCCCUUCCAAACCCAUCAAACUCCAUCUCUCAUGCUCCUUCUCUUCUUCACUACCCUCUUCUUUAUCCCUCAACAAGACGACCCAUUCUUCCUCUAUAGUCGCCUUCGUUGCACAAACCUCAGAUUGGGAUCAACAAGGCAAAGACACCACAAUCGUUGCUGAAGAAGAGUUCAGUUGGGGAAACCCAGAAGUUGGUGAUACAGAUGAAGAAGGGGCAGUGGAAGUGGUUGGAGACGCCGGAGAGAGCGGCGGCGAAGAGGGGUUUGUGGAGGGAGAAGGAGAGGAGUCGUAUCCGGAGCUGUCCGAGGAUGCAAAGAUUUUUGUUGGGAAUUUGCACUAUGAGGUUGAUAGUGAGAAAUUGGCUCAGCUUUUUGAGCAGGCUGGUGUUGUUGAGAUUGCAGAGGUAAAGUUCUAUUCAUUUUAUUUUGUGUAUUUUGUUUUAAUUUGUAUGAUUUAUGGUUGUUGUUCAGUUUGGGUAAAGUUCUAUGGGUCUCAGCUUGUGUAUUUUGUUUUGAUUGGUAUGAUUUAUGGAGAGGAUUUAAAUGGAAGGCUUUUGACUGUAAACAAGGCUGCUCCAAGAGGAUCACGGCCAGAACGCCCACCUCGUGUGUUUGAACCUACCAAUAGAAUCUAUGUUGGUAACUUGCCAUGGGAUGUGGAUAGUUCACGCCUUGAACAGUUAUUCAGCGAACAUGGAAAGGUGGUGGAUGCUCGGGUAGUCUCUGAUAGGGAAACCGGUCGUUCACGAGGUUUUGGUUUCGUAACUAUGUCAACCGAGGCUGAAUUAAAUGAUGCAAUUGCCAGCCUUGAUGGAAAGAACUUGGGUGGGAGGGCCAUCAGAGUAAAUGUUGCCGAGGAAAGACCGAGGCGUGGCUUUUGAAAUGAGAUGAAUUCUAGUACACCAUACUAGUUUAUUUCUUUCUUGCUGAAAUUUGUUGUGAUUUUGGAUGAUUGUAGCAGAUAGUCAUCAAGUACAUUUUACAGUUUUACUAAUUCUUGCUUUUCUGCUUCUUUUUGCGCCUUCCUUCUGCCUUCCAUCUAUGCGUAUUUUGAGCCUUAGCCUUACAAAGCAGUAUGUAUGUACUGAUCCCGAUUGGGUUAAUGCUAUGCACGAUGAGUUGAUUGCUCUUGAAAGACUCGUACUUGACAGUUA